GAGCUGUCAGCCGAGCCGCAGCAGCGUCAGCCGCUCCGGGACAAAGCCACCGUGAACGGACUACCACACACACACGCACACACACACACACACACACACACAGCCGAGGCUCACCUCCGUCCCUCCGCCGAGGAAACAACAACAACAACAACAACAACAGCAACAACAACAAAACCAGCUGUCAAACAGCGAGGCGCGCGCGCAGUGAUUAGCAUGUAGACAAGUGGUUAAUGAAGUAGUAAUUACAUAAGUGGUGUUUAACGCGGUUGCGACGUUUGCGUGUCUGGUCUAAAAUUAGAGGAGAGGCAGCGGAGGACACGGCCGCCUUUCUUCAAGCGGGACUUUUCCCCCAUUUUUCUGCUGCUUGGAUUUCACAGUGGAGCCGAGGACGAGCUCCGGAGCAUUCCCCCCAGAGCUGAAUAAGAGAAAGAGAUGACCCUCGUCUUGUCCAUGAAUCCUUUCCUGGACCCAGAAGGAGACCCUCCGCUCUCCCCGUACCAGCCCAUAUGGGAGUCCGAGCGCUGCACGAAGACCUGCCUGUCGAACCCGGCCCCGCCGUGCAGCUCCGAGGAGCAGUUCACACAAGAGGCCCCCUGCAGACGGGUUCCCGAUCACGUCUCCGUGUCGAGGAUUGCGUACUUCAAGAGGAAGUUUGUGGAGGAUGAAGAUGAGCCUCCCUUCAGCUUCAGGACGUACUGCCAGACUGUUGCACCUGUGCUGGAGGAGCGCGCCCAUGUGCUGCGCCUUUCCCUGGAGAAGAUGCGUUUCAUCGACGACCCCGAGGCCUUCCUCCGGCGCUCCGUCCUCGUCAACAACCUCCUCCGGCGUCUUCGAGCUGAGAUCUUGCUCCAGAGCACCGACUGGUGCUUUCCGCCCAACCCGGCGUUCGCCGCGAGCCCCUGCGUCUUGCCGCCCAGCGCCACCCCCACCCUCCACAGAGCCGUCCCCGCACGCAUCUGCCUGGCCCCCCAAGCCGGACCGCCCUUCCGCAAGCGUUUCCGCAUGUUGCGGGGGGGACAGGGCGACCUGCGGCCCGACUGCGCCCAGACGUGCUGCUGCAUCUACGCCGCCGCCGCCGCCGCGGGACACUACCUCCAUCUCCCGCUGUCCAUGUACGACGCAGCGCUCUCCUCCUGCCCGUCCAGUCCGCACUCCUCCUCCUUCUUCCAGCUGGCGGGCCACAGCAAGUUGGGCCUGGCGGUAGACGAUCAGGACGACGAGGACGAAGAGGUUGAGGAGGAGGAGGAAGAGGAGGAGGAGGAGAAUGAGGAGGAGAGGGAGGAGGAGGACGAGGAGGAAGACGACGAUGAAAGGAGGCUUUCGGAAGACGUUAGAGACAAACACAGCCGGAAAAGCAGGACUCGGACCCUGCCGGGUCGCGCACGCGCAAGGACAGCGGACAGCUCCAUGACAGAGAGUUUAGAGGAGGAGGUGGGGGAGCAGGAGGAUGAGGAGGAGGUGGAGGAGGAGGAGGAAGUGGGGCAGGUCGAGAGACCUUGUCAGUGGAACUCGCCUGCCCCAGAAAGAGAGCUGCACAAGGUGAGCUUCUGGCAGCGCCGGGCUCAGAGACAGUAACUGUGCUUUCAGAGGAAUCACUCCAAACUCUACACUUUAUUGGAAUGAAAUAUAACCAUGCUGAAAGCUAUCCAAGAUUAUUUCUCCUCAUAGCAGAUUUAGGUGUAAGAUAUCAGCGCUGAAUAAUGCCAAGUCAGCUUUAUUUUAACAGUUUAAUACAGCCCGAGGCGGUACACAGGUACAACUCUCAGAAGAAGUCACUUCUGGGGCUCUGUGGCCGCCGGACACAUCUCACAAACAGUUCUGAAAAACCAAGGUCAUGUACGGUGGGAUCUGCUGAUCCCGGAGGUGAAGGGAAGCUUGCUUUUGCACUGUCUCCAAGACCAUUUUCAAGCCCCACAGCACAAAACUAAAGGUCUAAACUGGGGCUCUAUGUUGGUGCAACGGUCUUGUUUCAGGACCCUAAACAAGCCUAUGAAGUGAUGAUGGGUUGUGGAGUUAGGAGUGUGUAUGCCUGUGUGUUUGUAUGCGAAAUACAAUGUAGCAUUUUAAAACUUGAUUUUAAGCUGGGUUUUUUUUUUUUUUUAAUUAUUAUUGAUAAAGGUGACACAUUAUUAUGUGUGCCUGCUGGUUCUGACGCUGUCUCAGGCAAUGGCAAGCGACUGUGCUGCAACAGCGGCACAUUGUGUAUACUUCAGAUUACUUUAAGACAACACAAUCACAAUGUCCAAUCACAACUUCAAGUGCCUUAGUUUUGUUUGGUUUUUUUUAUAGUUUCAUGUAUAUUGUGCGUUCAUGUAAUUGUUCUUGUUACUAAGUAGCUAUCUUGCAUUCCAAGUGACUGCGUUUGACUGAAAAAAAAAAAAAAAAAAACAGGACAGGGGCAUGUAGUUAAAUGCAGGGAUUCUUUAAAGUGUUGUGUAAAAGUUUAAAAUUUUAGAGCAAACGUUAAUUUCCACACAUGAGAAGUGUUUGUUUUUAACCUCAGAAUGCAUGUUUUUUCUAGCACGUCCUGUCUUUGACCAAGCACAAACAGUAUGACCCAACGAGAGCUGCAGGAGGCUUCAAUAGGUAAAUGUGUCCCAAACACCAUUUAAUUUUUGUUUUUUGAUUGACAGGAAAUCAAAGCUCAAGCUGGUUUGGCUUCUCUGUUGCUUGAUAAGGGUUUAAUAUGGCAUAACAUCAAAGCCGUUACUUUAACUCACGUUGAAGGAAGCUUUCUUAAUGACGCAAACAUCUAAUAGAUCGCAAUGGAAAUUCAUUAUUAAUAUGGGCGGCUGUCGUUUCCAACUAAAACGAUGGCUGUACGUUGGCAUAUGGACAUGCCUUUCGUUAAUUAAUAUUACUGCCACGUCCUUCAUUCUUUGAGAUUUACUUGUCUUGAUAUCCGUUUGGGCAGUGGUUAUCGCGCUCGUCUCAUCAGCCUGCAACACUUCACGAUUUACAGCCAGUCCAAUCAUCACAAGAAAUCCAACGGGCCCUCAGUUGAUCAGUCGAAGUACGAACGAGACUUUAUGUGUCAGAUCAAGGCUUCUUUCUCUCCUGCCGUUUCUAGAUUGACCCCGUCGAGUACGGUGCAGCAGCGUAGGGAGAGGUGCGAAAACUGCUGAAUAUAUCAAAUAGUGCAGUUGUGUGAAAAAAUUGUGCUGAAAAAACAAAUAAAAUCCUCGAGUUCAUGAUCUGUAGAAAGUGCUUUCCAUGUUUUAACGCGCAGUAGUGAUAAAAUCAAGACUGAUGAGAAUAACUACAAAUGAUCAAACGUACAUGUCUGCCUCACAGGUGUGAAAGCAGCCUGAGAUGAAUAAAGUGUAUUAAACCCUAAUGGAGAACAGACAGCAAACCGCUUCCGAGGGCAUGAUCACUGAUUUCUUGUCUCAUCAUCACAUGAUGAAAAACCCAAACCAAAGUGGUACAA